CCGAACGAAUACUUGGGAAUAUUGCUCCAUAUAUAAGCUUGGUGUUGGCUAAUUUAUGCGCUACUCGUGUAAUUGCUGACGCACCGUCAAGGCAUUCCUGCGUUAUUUUUUAAAGGGACAGUGAAUCGGCCACGGAAGUCAGUGCAAAAUGUGUGACGAUGAUGCUGGUGCGCUCGUUGUUGACAACGGAUCCGGAAUGUGCAAGGCCGGUUUCGCUGGUGAUGAUGCCCCACGUGCUGUCUUCCCAUCCAUUGUCGGCCGCCCACGUCACCAGGGUGUGAUGGUCGGUAUGGGUAACAAGGACUCGUACGUCGGUGAUGAGGCCCAAUCCAAGCGUGGUAUCCUGACACUUAAGUACCCAAUCGAGCACGGUAUCAUCACCAACUGGGAUGAUAUGGAGAAGAUCUGGCAUCACACUUUCUACAAUGAACUGCGUGUUGCCCCGGAGGAGCACCCGGUUCUGCUGACCGAGGCGCCACUUAAUCCGAAGGCUAACCGUGAGAAGAUGACUCAGAUCAUGUUUGAAACUUUCAACUCGCCCGCCAUGUACGUUGCCAUUCAGGCCGUUCUGUCCCUGUACGCCUCCGGUCGUACCACCGGUAUCGUUCUGGAUUCCGGUGAUGGUGUCUCCCACACCGUCCCAAUCUAUGAAGGUUAUGCCCUGCCACAUGCCAUCCUCCGUCUGGAUCUCGCUGGCCGAGAUCUAACUGACUACCUAAUGAAAAUCCUAACUGAACGCGGUUAUUCCUUCACCACCACCGCUGAGCGGGAAAUCGUUCGUGAUAUCAAGGAAAAGCUGUGCUACGUCGCGCUGGACUUCGAGCAGGAAAUGGCUACCGCUGCGUCUUCCACUUCCCUCGAAAAGUCCUAUGAACUUCCCGACGGUCAGGUCAUCACCAUCGGUAACGAGCGUUUCCGGGCACCGGAAGCUCUCUUCCAGCCAUCCUUUCUGGGAAUGGAGUCAUCCGGUAUCCAUGAAACCGUUUAUGUUUCGAUCAUGAAGUGCGACGUCGACAUCCGUAAGGAUCUGUACGCCAACACUGUUCUGUCCGGUGGUACCACCAUGUACCCAGGUAUUGCCGAUCGUAUGCAGAAGGAAAUCACCGCUCUGGCUCCGUCCACCAUCAAGAUCAAGAUUAUCGCCCCACCGGAGCGUAAAUACUCCGUCUGGAUCGGUGGAUCAAUUCUGGCAUCGCUGUCCACUUUCCAAGCGAUGUGGAUCUCAAAACAAGAAUAUGAUGAAUCUGGUCCAUCCAUUGUUCACCGCAAGUGCUUCUAAGGGCACAACCGAAGUUGAGCAAAGUAUUUAGAGCCUUGUAGUAUUCCGUACCUAGACAAAUGAAACAAACCUUCCAGUAGAUAUUUAAGUCCGACAAACUCCAUCAGGAUUAGAAACAUUUGUGUUUGUAGAUACAGUAUUUUUGUUGCAAUUUAGUAGUCUUUAUGAAAUUAUUAUAAUAAAUGAAACAUUUCUAAACGA